AUGUCUGAGGACAGCAUUGAUGUGUGGAAUGAUCCGAGAGUCCGGAAACUGAGUGCAACGCUCAGCGGGGUUAACUACGGAUACUGGCUUGCGGAGCCGCAAUCGAGUCCUCGCGGUACCAUUUUCCUGGUCCACGGCUACCCCGACUUAUCUGCCGGAUGGAAAAAUCAGAUCCCUAUGUUGCUGGAGAUGGGGCUUCGUGUGGUUGCCAUCGACUGCAUAGGAUAUGGUCGGACCGAUUCCCCGUCUCCGAUCAGGAUGUACACGUUCAAACGCGCUUCAGAUGACCUUGCCGAGCUGGCCCGUCAACUUGGGGCUCAGAGCAUCAUUCUCGGCGGACAUGACUGGGGCGGCAUGGUGGUUCAAAGAUGCGCACAGUACCAUCCUCAACUCGUCACGCAUGUGUUCUCGAUCUCGACUCCAUAUUUCCCCGUGGAGUCAACGUACACCCCGAUUCGAAUCGUGGCCAAAACUCUGCCGACUUAUGCAUACAUGGAGCAUCUGGCCUCGGGCGAAUUGGAAGACCAUUUCCAGUCCAAGGCGGAGCUUCGAGCAUUUUUGAACGGGUGUUUGGGAUUUCCCAAGGGACCUAACGGGGAGGUAGGCUUUACACCGGAGCACGGCAUGCACUUUGAGAAUUUUCCCAAGUUGGCCCCGACGCCUCUGUUCGUCGCGAGGGAUUUGGACUACUACGCGGCCGAGUAUUCGCGGAACGGCAUCCGCGGGCCCAACAACUGGUACCGAACAAGAGAGCUGAACUUCUCCGACGAGUAUGAAUACUUCUUGGAGCGCCCGGACGGCACCCUAAACCCAGACCCCGGCAUUGACCAGGACAUCUUGUACAUAGCGACGAAGAACGAUCGAAUCUUGACCCCAGCCAUGUGUGCGGCAUCAAAGCAGUUCUGCAGAAGGCAUCGGAUGACGGUGGUGGACGCCGACCAUUGGGCCUUGUGGGAAAAUCCCAAAGCCGUCAACGCGGCCAUCCGGGAGUGGCUCAACGAUGUAUGGCUCACUAAAAGCUGA